AUGAUGACGGCUAUACCGUCACAACAUACAACUUUCCUUGACCAGCCUCCCAGCUGUCUAGAAUUCUGUCCUGCAGCCCCUGAUUAUCUUGUUAUUGGGACAUACCUCCUAUCGGAAACACCAUCGAAUGGUCUCGCAAAUCCCCAGCAAACAAAAACAGGGAGCAUACAACUUUUCAAACUCGAUCCCGAAUCUCCCCAACUGACUGAAAUCCACAAAAUAUCCCUCCCCCAUGCAGUUUUUGAUCUGCACUUUUCACCCCGCGAUCCAACUUUGAUUGCAAUCGCCACAAGCGUGGCGUCUGUUUCUUUAUACAGUCUUGGGUCUUUAAAGAACCAUGACUCCACGGCAUCAAACCCCGACAUCAUCAUUCACCUAACUACAAUCCCUGUCCACGAAGACCUAGCCACAUCGGUUCUCUAUCUCUCCUGGCUUCCACCAGGACACCUAACUACGGGUCAUAAAUAUAGUCAUGACCAGUUAGCCACAGAUGGCUUCGCCGUCUCCUUCUCAGAUGGCCGAGUCUCCAUCUUUCAUACUCAACCCCCCUUCCACAUCUUUUCCAAAGAAUUAAUGAAGAAGAUAGAUUUACCAGGGGAGCCUAUAGAGGUUUGGUACACCACGUUCCAUCGUGGUAGGUCAUCAUCCGGGAAAAGAUUCCUAAUGCUAUUUUCUGGGGAUGACUUUGGUAGUUUGCGUGUGCAUGAAUUUGCAGGUGAUGGGGGUGUGAAUGGAGACGGGAAUGACGAGGGCCAAAAGUUGUUGGUUAAUGGUCAAUUCCUAAUUCAGACGAGGGAGAUCAGUGAUCGAGGGAAGCAUCAUGGGGCAGGGAUCACGGUGAUCUUACCGUUAUUUAGCGAUGCUGGGGAGACAGUGCUGCUAACAGGGUGCUAUGAUGAAUACCUUCGUGUGUAUAAGUUUGCAGGACGGGGGGAAGUUUUGGCAGAAAAAUGGUUGGGUGGAGGAGUUUGGAGAUUAAAUGUGAUCACUGAAGUGGAAGAAGGGGCCUUGACGACGGAAGAAGAUCCAAACGUAUGCUGGAGCGAAGAUUGUAAGGGUCCCAUCCUCGACUGGUGGGGAGAGGUGCUUUUGGUUGUUAAGUGGGAUAUCGAAGUUUUAGCAGAGUUUACGGAACAUGAGAGUAUGAAUUAUGCAUCGGAUGUGUGGAGAGGUAACGGCGGAGCUGGGUCUGGAGCUAUGCCUGGGAGUGGAGGCCAGGACCAACUUCAGCGGACGAAUAGGGAUUCGAAAUUGCUCUGUGUCUCAAGCAGUUUUUACGAUAAACGGGUUGAUUUGCAUUAUGCCAGGACAAUGGCCCUUAGAAAUGCAGCGGAUUGA